AUGACGACAUCGCCCCUCGAUGCGCUUCUGGCCACCUUGGACAGGCACAUCGACUCGCAAGCGGCAGCAGUUGCCUCGUCCGAAGCCGGGCCAUCGUCACUCGGCCUCCAACGCAACGAACUUGGAAACCUCAUAGCACCAUCUACUUCCUUGAGCUCCUCAACCGAACCUCAGCUGUCACCACUCGAGCGCGCCAUUUACUAUGAGGUGGAGAAUCGACGGGAUAACCUGAGCCGCAAAGCCAAGGAGCUCGACUUCUGGGAAGCCUACGAGACCCAACUGGCGGGCAAGGUGACCAAGAUGCCCACCAGCUCGUCAGCUCUUCAAAGGCAGAUUGCGGACAAGAAGCAAGAGUUGAAGCAGCUCGAAGCGGAGAAUAAACUCAAAGUGGAGACAGCAAGAGCGUUGGAGUCGAGUGCGGUGAUCGUCAAGGUGCUGUCCACCACAUCACCUGCUGCUAAGAGGGACGAGCAGAAGGCGGAUCAGAAGACGUACGCGUCCACACGCAAAUUGCUGGAUGAGAGAGAUGAUCAAGCGCUCGAGUUUCUCAGGGUCUUUAAUCAAAUAAGAUCGAUCAAGAAGCAAAGGAUCGAGGUCAAGGCGAGGAUCAGAGAACAACGAUUGGAAACAAUGAAACUUCUCGAAAACAUCAAAGCGAUCAAGGCCGACAUUCGCAGCCGUCAACUACGCCCCGCCGCAUCGGGUACACAGACUUCCGGCGCAUCACCAGACAUUGUCGUGGUGCAAAAAGUGCAACAGAUGCAACGCGAGAUCAACGAGGCGCGAUCGAAAAAGGAGCUCGUCAAGGGUAUAUUGCGCGGCUUGAUCAUCGAGUCAGGCAGGGAUUGGACCAAGAACGCAUCAACAAGAGCAUUGAUGCUCUCGCUCGAUGAUGAGGAAGACGACUCAGAUGAUGCAUUUAGUGAGGACGAGGAGGAUGCAAGAAUCGAUGCGGACGAAGAGGACGAGGAUGAAGAGAUUGAUGACGAGUUUGAUGGUGAAGAGCAAGGGGAUCAAGAAGUCUGA